AUGAUAUCGUACGUGGUUGAAGAUAAGCACGUUGAAGUGUUUUUAUUCUUGGCCGAUGCUAUAGUCCAUGCAACCACUCCUGAGAACAUCGAACCCUUUCUUGAUGAAAAUUUCGAUAAGGAUAGAUUAGAAGAGUACUGUAAAACUUUUACUAGACCAUCAGAAGUACCAGGAUAUAAAGAUUCUAUUAAAGAAUGUGUCAACGGUACACCGGUUUCAUCAUCAAGAACAUUCAUUUUGCUUAUGAAUGUCUUAGACUCAAGGGUCUUGGCACCAACUUUGACAGGAUCAAUUACUUUAAUAAGGGAUAUGAGUUACGAACAAAGAGAAACAUUACUAAAAUCAUGGCAGAAUUCAAACCUAGAAAUUUUCAGAAGACUAUUUAAAUUAAUAUAUGCCUUAUCAAUUUCUACUUUUAUCAAAUUGUGUCCUGAUUUACACAACCAGGCAGUUGGGUACCCAGGAAGGGAGAUGAGAGACAAAAUCUAUGAAAGUUUUGAAAUAGAUCCUUUUCGGUAUGAGAUGUUGGAACACCCAACUGGAGAUGAAUUAUACGCACCAAAUAUUGAUGUUUUAAUUAUAGGAUCGGGAUCAGGGGCUGGAGUUGUUGCACACACUUUAUCCAAUGAUGGACAUAAAUGCCUUGUUCUCGAGAAAGGAAAAUAUUUCCACCAGACUGAGUUGGUAUUCGAUGAGAAAGAUGGUAAUAAAAACUUAUAUGAGCAUGGAGGUAUUUUGACUACGUUGAAUCAGCAAACCAUGAUUUUAGCAGGCUCAACCUUUGGGGGUGGGUCGACUGUUAAUUGGUCAGCGUGCUUGAAAACCCCAUUCAAAGUUCGUAAAGAAUGGUACGAUGAUUUCGGUGUAGAUUGGGCAGCAAACGAAUUGUAUGACAAAUGUACUGAUUAUGUCUGGAAAAAAAUGGGCGCAACAAUUGAGGACAUUAAACACUCUUUUUCAAAUCAAGUCAUUUUAAAUGGAGCUGAAAAAUUGGGAUACACUGCAAAACCAGUGGAACAAAACAAUGGUAAUCAUCCAAAUCAUAGUUGUGGAUUUUGCCACUUAGGAUGUAAGUUUAAUGUCAAACAAGGUUCCUCAGCAUGUUGGUUCAGAGACGCUUCUACUAAGGGCUGUCAAUUUAUGGAUCAAGUUAAAGUUGUUAGACUUCUUCACAAAGGUGGUAAAGCUGUUGGUGCCUUAUGCCAAGAUACAGUAUCUGGCCAUGAAUUUACAAUUAAGGGCCCAAAGAAAUUUGUUGUCUGUGGUGGCUCAUUAAACACACCUGUAGUGUUGCAAAAUUCUGGAUUCAAGAAUAAGAAUAUAGGAGCAAACUUAAAAUUACAUCCUGUAACUGUUUUGUUUGGCGAUUUUGGUAAGGAACAUAAUACUAAACCAUUUAAUGAGUCAAUUUUAACCACUGUAUGUACUGAAGUUGAUGAUUUGGAUGGCAAAGCUCAUGGAGCUAAGAUCGAAACCAUUUUGCACACUCCUCUUUUAGAGUCCGCUUUUAUGCCGUGGGAAUCAAGUGAUAAGGCGCGUCAAGACUUGCUCCGCUACAAUAAUAUGGCGGCAAUGUUAAUUAUAACUAGAGAUACAUCAAGUGGUACUGUUAAGGCAGAUGCUACUAAACCUAAUUCCUUAAUUAUUGAUUACGAAGUGAACAAAUAUGAUCGUAACGCAUUAUUACAGGCUAUAUUAAUAUCUGCAGAUAUGUUAUAUAUUGAAGGCGCCAAAGAAAUCAUACAUCCUCAGAGCUGGGUUCCAAAUUUCAAACCUAGUAAGCCUAAGGAAGAAAGAUCAAUUAAGGACAAGGAUUAUGUCGAAUGGCGUACAUCAGUUAGUAAAGCUAAACUCGAUUCAUAUGGCUGUACGUAUGGCUCUGCUCAUCAAAUGAGUUCAUGUCGUAUAUCUGGUAAGGGCCCAAGAUAUGGUGCUUGCGAUAAUAAGGGAAGGCUAUAUGAAUGUAAGAAUGUCUACGUUGCCGAUGCUAGUGCUAUGCCUACAGCAAGUGGUGCUAACCCAAUGAUUUCUACUAUGAGUAUAGCAAGACUUAUUGCUUUAGGUAUCAGUAAGGAAUUACAACCACAAGCUCGCCUUUGA